AUGACAGAAGAAAGAAGUUUAGAUAGAAAGGAGCCUUCAUAUUUUGGAGCUGGACCGGCUUUAAUACCUGGCUCAGUUUUGAAACAAGCGGCUUACGACCUCAUCAGUUAUGAUGGAGACAACAUAGGUGUCGGAGAAAUAUCGCAUCGUUCAAAGCCUGCUAUUAAAAUAAUAGACGAUACUAAAAGAAAUUUAAAAAAUCUUCUAGAUAUCCCAGACACUCAUGAAGUAUUUUUUAUGCAAGGAGGUGGUACUACUGGCUUUUCAUCGAUUGUGUACAAUCUUAUGGCCAACUAUGCCAAGACUCAUAAUGGUAAGAAAGGUAAAGCCGCCUACGCAAUUACUGGAUCGUGGUCGAAGAAAGCAACCGAAGAAGCUCAAAGAUUGGGAUUUGAUGUUGAAAUUGCCGUUAAUACGGCGGAUAAGAAAUAUGGUGAUAUUCCACCUUACUCUGAGUGGAAACCAAUUGACAAAGAAUGUGCUUAUUUGUAUAUUUGUGACAAUGAGACUGUGAAUGGAACUGAAUUUCACGAUAUCCCUGGAUCUGAUUAUCUUCCAGAAGGUGUUGAGUUGGUCGCUGAUAUGUCAUCUAAUAUUUUGUCCAAGCAAGUCGAUGUUAGCAAAUAUGGGCUCAUUAUGGCAGGUGCUCAAAAGAACAUAGGACUUGCGGGUUUAACUAUUUACAUCAUAAAACGUACUCUUCUUGAACAAGCAUCAGACUCAGAAUUGCACAAGUAUGGUCUUCCUUUGGUUCCAAUAGCCUUCCACUAUCCCACAGUUGUGAAAAACAACUCCGCAUACAAUACAAUUCCGAUUUUCACUUGCCACAUUUUGCAAUUGGUCACUGCUAAAUUACUCAAUGAUGGAGGGAUCAAGUCAAUUGAAGAAGUGAACGACAAGAAGGCUGAUCUUUUGUAUAACGCACUUGAAAAAUAUCCUAAUUUCUACUUUUUACCAGUGGCCAAUCCUGAUAUCAGAUCAAGAAUGAAUGUUGUAUUUAGGCUACCAAAUGAGCAAUUAGAAGAGAAAUUUGUUAAAGAAGCAGCUGAAAAGAAUUUGAAAGGUUUAAAGGGUCACAGAUCUGUCGGAGGGAUGAGGGCGUCGAUUUAUAAUGCUGUCACUCUUGACAGUGUUAAACAACUUGUUGAUUUCAUAAAUUAUUUCGCUAAAUCAAACUCUUGA